GAAAUUUAGGUCUGGAUGGCGGUGCGCGGUGAGAGCGAUGAAAAUGCUGCCGAGCCCGACGAUCUCCAGCGAUCGCGGCAAGGGCAAGAAGGAGGAGAAGAAGGAGCGGCUAUGGCAGAUCAACGAUCGGCUCGCGGACAAGCACGGCUACUGCCACAAUGUCUACUGGGUCCAUGGCGAUGUGUAUCGCGGCUGCUGGGACAAGAACAAGCGCGAUGGCGCUGGAAUCCACAACUACAAGACUGGGAUAAGGUAUGAGGGUGAUUGGAAGAAUGGAAAGAGGGAUGGCUAUGGCACUUUGUAUCUCGCCGACGAGGAGGUGGACAAGUACCGUGUGGUUUACAAGGGGCAUUACAAGGAAGGCAAGAAACACGGCCCCGGAUUGCUACAUGGUGCCUUUGGAGAAACUUACGAUGGAAACUUUGCGUAUGGCUUGCGCAACGGUGUUGGCAAGCAGUUCUAUCGGUGCCAGUUAACGAACGGAUUCCACGUCUACCAUGGACAAUGGGUGAAUGACAAGAGAGAAGGCGUGGGUCUACUCAAAAUGGUGAAUGGCGAUCUGUACAAAGGCUCAUUCGUGAACGACAUGAAGGAAGGCAAAGGCAUUUACUACUAUGGCGACAAGUGCUCCAAGUACGAAGGCCUAUGGAAAAAGGACGUAGCCAUCUGCGGGACGUAUUCCAACACCAGCGAGCAGGACAAGCACAUCCCGUAUCUGGAGAUCGAAAACGCCUGCAGCUUUGCACCCGAGCUCAUCACGCAGCAUCUAGCGGGCGAGGAAGUGAGAACUCACAGCUUUAGCAGCCUGGGCCACGCCGACAGGAUGAAGCUCACACCCAGGCAGAUCUCGUCCAUUUGAGGGCGAUCGCCCAAGUUCUAUAGCAGUUCCAGGCAUCGCUGGAAGCACGAAACAUAUCUCUCGAGAGUUUCCUGUGUAUCCAUUCCAAAAGAACGAUGUCAGUAACAAAGCUUUUUUCAAACA